AUGACCCUGGCAGGAUCAAAUCUGAUCCCAGAUGGAAAACUGUACAUUUGGGACAUCGAAAAAGACGAUAUGGUAGAAUACGAUUUUCGAAAAUACGACACGGACGAGUAUGACGUCAGAGAGCAUAGCGUCAAAAUUGACGACAGCGGACGUGAAAUCGAAGAAAUCAAAUCCGAUUUCGACGAGAUUUGUCGAAAUAGAGUACCCAUCGAUUUCUACUGGGACAAUUGUGAUCCCAGAUUGUUGGUUUGCAGUGCCAAAAAACUGAGAAUGCCCGGUGCUAAGAAAGGAUUUUUCGGAAGAUCUAAAUCUACAACAGAAGAAAAAAAGAGCCUCACUGACGAAGAUCACGUGAUCGUGACGAUGUUCAUCUCGCCAGAAAAUUCGAUAAGAAUCCAUUACGUCAGAGCUGUGGAUGGUGAUGCUAAAUUGUUAGCUUGUGCCACCCCGUAUGUGGCAACGUUGCAAAAAUUGAGCAUCGUUAGAGAAGUGAUGAACGAUUUUAUCGGUUUGGAAAAGUGCGAUAGAAAUACCAGGAGUGCCGUAUUGGACUUUAGCUUCAACUUGACUAUCGGCAACAUGGACGCUGCCUUCAAGGCCAUCAAACUGGUCGAGAGCGUCGGCGUAUGGGGCAAUCUAGCACGCAUGUGCGUCAAGACGCGUCGUCUCGACGUCGCAGGUGUCUGUCUCGGUCACAUGGGCGACGCGAAGGCCGCCAGAGCGCUGAGGAUGGCCGUCGGGGACGAAACGUUGUCGCUGCAGGCCAAGGUCGCCGUUCUGGCCGUCCAUCUUGGUAUGCUGGACGAUGCUGAACAACUAUACGUCCAAUGUAAUCGCCACGACCUGCAAAACAAACUGUUGCGCAGCAGAAACAAGAUGGACGCUGCCCAUGCAGUAGCCGAAUCGAAAGACAGAAUAAACUUGCGCAAUACCGAUCAUGCAUGGGCCAUAUCUCUGGAACAACAAGGAGACUUCAAAGAGGCAGCUGCUCGUUAUGAGAAAGCGAACACUCAUCUCUACGACAUUCCCAGGAUGCUCAGCGACCAUCCGCUGCAAUUACAGGCGUACAUGUCGAAAACCAAAGAUAAGGAGCUCAUGAAGUGGUGGGGACAAUAUAUCGAGUCACAAGGCGACAUGUCAUCCGCUCUCAAAAUCUAUGCCAAUUGCGGUGACGUUUAUUCGCAAGUUCGCGUUCUGUGCUUCUUGGGCAAAGAGGCCUUAGCUGCGGACUUGGCUAGAACUAACACCGACAAGGCUGCAUUUUAUCACAUGGCAAGGUACUAUGAGACGGUGGGAAACUUUGACGAAGCAGUCAACUUUUUCACAAAAGCCACAGCCUACUGCAACGCAGUACGGCUCUGCAAAGAAAACAACAUGUCCGAAGAGCUGUGGAAUUUGGGCAUUGUCGUUUCCAAACGGGAAAAAAUCGAAUGCGCCAAAUAUUUCGAGCUACACGGUGACCUCGAAAAAUCCGUCGUCCUGUAUCACAGAGGCGGCAUGCUGCACAAGGCCCUUGAUUUGGCCUUCGAGACGCGUCAGUAUGAGAUCAUACAGGAUAUAGCUACUCAGCUCGAUGCCGGUUCUGAUCCGGCGUUGGUUCAGAAAUGUGCUGAGUACUUUAUCGCUAACGAACAGUACGAUAAAGCUGUGGAUUUGUUGGCUAUUGUUAAAAAGUUCGUCGAUGCCAUCGAAUUGUGCUUGAAGCACAACGUCCAAUUGACCGAGGAUUUGGCAGAAAAACUGACCCCCGAGAAAGAAACGGUCGACGAAAGCGUCCGAAUCAACGUCCUGGAAAAUUUGGCUGAGAGUCUGAUGGUUCAAGGAGAGUAUCAUCUGGCUACGAAAAAAUUCACCCAAGCUGGAGAUAAAGUCAGAGCGAUGAAGGCUCUCUUGAAAUCCGGAGACACCGAAAAAAUUAUAUUUUUUGCGGGCGUUUCUCGGCAAAGAGAAAUAUACAUAAUGGCCGCGAAUUAUUUGCAGUCUCUUGAUUGGCAGAAUCAGCCGGAAAUUCUCCGACAUAUAAUCACUUUUUAUUCCAAAGGGAAGGCUCUGGAAUUGUUGGCGAAUUUUUAUGUUGCUUGUGCACAGGUAGAAAUUGAUGAAUUCCAAAACUAUGAGAAGGCUUUUGGGGCUCUCACUGAAUCAUCGAGAUGUUUACAAAAAAUCGGGUCCGCGAAAGAUCCCAAACAGAUUCAGAGAGCCUCGGAGAUAGUCGAGCAAAGACUGAAGAUGGUGAAGAGAUUCGUAGACAUACGGCGGUUAUUUGAAAGGGGAGAUAUACAGGCGGGGAUUUCCCAAUGUCAGCAACUUUUGACAGUGGGCGACGAACUAGAAGCGUCAGUACGACGAGGCGACAUUUACGCCCUCAUGAUACAGAGUCACGUGACUAAAGGCGAGUACGCAGAAGCUAAAAAACUCUGUUUCGAGUUGCGGCAACUGUUGAGCAAGGGCUCCAACGUGCCCAUCACUUAUUACCUAGACAAAGAAGUGAUUGAGGCGUUAGCCAAGGGCCUGGGCGUGCCCUUGAGUCACUUGGUACCUGUCACGCCCAAAAGUAAUGUCUCAUCGGAGGAAAAUUAUGCCGAUACAGUCGAAGAAAUUCUUGACGAUUGA